AUGACAGUCAGAUCAGUUCUUAUCGUCGGCGCCAACGGCACAUUAGGCACCAAAAUCCUCGACGCUCUCGUCGCUGCCAAGUCCUUCAAGCUCAGUGCUCUAAAGAGAGCUAGUUCCCGGAGCAAGCUCCCGUAUUCCACAGACCAGGUACAAAUCAUCGAGGUCGACGAUGAUCUCUCUUUUGAGGGUCUCGAGAAGGCCUUUAAAGGCCAGGACGUCGUCAUUGUCAGUUUCCGACUGCGUAACUUGGAGCAGCACUUGCGCAUCGCCGAGGCCGCUUCGGCUGCGGGGGUGAAGCAUUUCAUGCCCGCCGACUUCGGCAGUAUUGACGCCGACAACCCCCGCGCGCGAGAGCUUAUCCCGCUGUACCGCUACAAGCUCGCCGUCCGCCAAAAGGCCCAGGAAUUGGCUGACAACAACCCCAAAUUUGCCUGGACGGGUAUCGUAUGUGGCCACUUUUUCGACUGGGGAGUCAAGGAAGGGUUCUUGCAUGCCUAUCUGGACAGGAAAACAAUCGACGUCAUUGACGGCGGCAACAUCAAAGCCUCGGUUGCGACGCUUCCGAGAGUCGGCGAAGCUGUCGUGCGCAUUCUUGACCUGGGUGUCACCGAAGUUACGAAGAACAAAACGUUGUUUAUCCAGAGCUUCUGCAUCACACAGAACGAGCUGCUCCAGAGUCUCGAGAAAGCGACGGGAUCGAGGUGGACUGUAAACAAGGUCGAGUCGGAAAGUUUCAUCAAGGAACACAAGAAAAAGGCCGACGCUGGUGACGCGGAGGCGAUUGAGGACCUUGUUUUUGCUGUCGGCCAACUGGACGCAAAUUGGACCGAGCGGGACGGCUUCGCGAUGAAGACUCUAGGACUCAAAGAUGAAGACUUGGACACUGUUAUCGCAGAAGUUGUAGCCAACCCAGCGGUCUAG